AUGGCUUCUUACGCAGACGAGAAAGGCGAUGUCGCCGCCAUUGAGCGCAUGGAAUCCAAAAUCUCGUCUAGCGAUGCGGCCAUCAACCGGUUUACGCCUGAGGAGCAAAAGAAUAUUAUACGCAAAGUUGAUCUUCGACUCAUCCCCACUCUCGGCUUCAUGUACUGCGUGUCGCUCAUGGACAGAACAAAUCUCGGUGUCGCAAUGGUAGCAGGCAUGGGUGUGGACCUGAAGCUUACCAGCGAGAGAUACAGUACUGUUGUCCUAUUGUUCUUCAUCACAUAUGUAGCGCUCCAGCCUCCUGCUACUGUCGUGCUACGGAAACUGGGUCCAAAGCUGUUCCUUCCAUCCAUCGUGGUCAUCUGGGGAGCCGUCAUGAUUGCGUUUGCAUUUGUAAAGGAGUGGACGACUUUGAUCCCACUUCGUCUGCUCCUGGGUAUCUUCGAGGCUGGUUUCUUCCCGGGCUCCGCAUACCUCCUUUCGUGCUGGUACAAGCGAUACGAGCUCCAGAAGCGCAAUACCUUCUUCUUCCUCAUCGGAAUGCUGUCAUCCGCCUUUUCGGGUAUCCUGGGCUACCUCUUCUCACUGCUCAACGGCUACGGCUUCCAAGCAGCAGACCCCACCAAGAGUGCCCCCAAUACCCCCGUUGGCUUCGGUCCAGGCUUGUCAGGCUGGAGAUGGAUUUUCAUGCUGCAGGGCAUAAUCACUGUCGCCAUCGGCCUCGUCGGAUGGUACUACAUUGUCGAUUUCCCCGAGCUAGCUGCUAAGCCCAGCAAGAUACAGAAAAAGUUCCUCGAGCAAGACGAGGUGGACUUUGUCGUGGCGAGAAUCCAGCAGGACCGGCAUGAUGUAGUGGCAGAGGAGUUCAACCUCCGAAAGUACCUUGCUGGCAGCUUGGAUCUCAAGGUCUGGGGCUUUGCCUUGAUCUACAUGUUCACAACGACCAUCACAUAUGCCAUUGCGUACUUUCUUCCAAUCAUCCUCAAAGAUGGAAUGGGCUUCAGCGUUGCGGCUAGCAAUUGUCUGGUUGCCCCACCCUACGUUUUCGCCGGCUUCGUCAUGAUGGGGUUGGCGUGGGCAGGCGACAAGUACCAAGUUCGGUCUCCAUGGGUUAUUGCGAAUGGCGUUCUCGCUCUCAUCGGCCUGCCUAUGAUUGGCUUCAGCAAAAAUUUCGGCGCAAACAACAUCCGGGGCCAGUGGAAGCGCGCUCUUUGCUCUGCUACGCUUGUCGGUGCCGGAGGCAUUGGUGGUAUCCUGGGCGGCACUGUCUUUAGGACGCAAGAUGCUCCUGAUUAUUUCUUGGGCAUCGUCGCGUGUAUGGUUUCGGCGGGCUUUAUUAUUAUUUUGUCAUUGAUGUUGAACUUGAAGUUUUGGAGAGCAAAUAAGAGGGCUGCUAGUGGUGGUAAGGUUAUUGAGGGGCUAGAGGGGUUUAGGUAUACUUUGUAA